AUGAGCCAUGCGUACGCCCAGAUUCUGAUGGAUGAGGAUUCUAAGAAAUACCUCACAGUGAACACGCACAAGGGUCUUUUCGCAUACAACCGCCUCCCUUUCGGCGUUUCCUCCGCUCCGGCCAUUUUCCAAAGAACGAUGGAGGGCUUACUGCAGGGCAUACCAAUGGUGGCUGUGUAUUUGGAUGACAUUCUUGUCACGGGUCUAAAUGCUCAAGACCAUCUCAAGAACUUGAAUGAAGUGUUGGGACGCUUGGAGGAGGCAGGGUUGCGUCUGAAGAGGUCAAAAUGUGAGCUCCUGAAAGACGAAGUGUGUUACUUAGGACACAAGGUAAAUGCACAGGGUUUGCACCCAAUGAAGUCCCCAAAGUCCAAAGCAAUCAGACGGACAGCACUCUUGAAAGCGCUCCACCAGUCGCAUCCAGGCAUGUGUCGCAUGAAGGCGCUGGCCAGGUCUUACAUGUGGUGGCCGCAGAUGGACCAGGAAAUAGAGAAAAAAGUGAGUAAGUGCCAAAAAUGCCAAGAGAAUAGAAAAGCACCACCAAAUGCACCACUUGCACCAUGGGAGUGGCCGGAGAGGCCAUGGUUGCGCAUCCAUGUCGACUACGCAGGGCCAUUCUUGGGGAAAAUGUUCCUGAUAAUCGUAGACGCUCACUCCAAGUGGUUGGAGGUUUACCCCACAAAUGGCAGUACAACCCAAACAACCAUCGAGAAGUUACGCCAGUGCUUUGCAGCUCAAGGCCUUCCACAGAUACUGGUCUCCGACAAUGGCAGCUGCUUUACGAGCUCAGAAUUCUGCCAUUUCAUGGCUCAAAAUGGCAUUCAACAUAUAACAUCGGCCCCAUUCCAUCCCUCCUCAAACGGGCUGGCCGAACGGGCAGUGCAGACUUUCAAGGAGGGAAUGAAGAAAAUGGAAGGGGGCAGCAUUGAGGCACGGGUUUCCAAAUUCUUAUUUAGCUAUCGCAUUACACCACAGACCACUACUGGGCUAUCACCAGCCGAAAUGCUGAUGAACAGGAGGCUGAGGUCUGCCUUUGACCUGUUAAAACCAGACAUUAAGUCCAAGAUCGAGCACAAACAAAUGAAACAAAAGGAGAACCAUGACAAAACUGCUCGGCUGAGAAGAUUUGGGCCUGGGGAUGCUGUGUACGCCAGGAAUUAUGGCCUGGGACCAAAAUGGAUACCUGCUACCGUAGAGUCACCAACGGGCCCUGUGUCCUAUACUGUCAUCCUGGGUAAUGGCCAACGCAUGAGGAGACAUGUUGACCAGGUGAGGGCUCGUCAUCCUGAGUCGUCGCUGACCGUGGAAAGGACACCAGAACUUCCAGAGGCUCGCUCACCAGACGGCGAGCCUGAAACAUCUUCAUGCCAGCCAGAGACAGCGCCGCCACCUCCUGACCAGAUGAAUCUGCAGGGUUCCAUGCCCGAACGACCAGACUCGCCUGCAGCCCCUUCAGCUGAGCUGCGCCGAUCCACCAGGGAUCGGGUGUCACCUCGAUACUUGAAAGACUAUGUUAGCUAG